UGGUCACAACUCACAGAAAACUCAAGUCUCAUACAUUUUCCUCAAGCAACCAAAAGUGUUAUAUCAACAAGAAGAAGACUAUGGCUAUUCGUUUGGCGGGUAAUCUUUCUAAGCAAAUUCUUGGCCGAUCUGUAUUUACUCCAAAUAAAGCAGCUUUGAGAAGUUCAGAUAUACCAAAAGGUUUCUUAGCAGUUUACAUUGGAGAGGCUGAGAAGAAGAGAUCUGUAGUUCCAAUAUCUUACCUAAAAGAGCCUUUAUUUCAAGAUUUGUUAAGAAAAGCUGAAGAUGAGUUUGGCUUCGAUCAUCCAAUGGGUGGUUUGACAAUUCCUUGCAGAGAAGAUAUUUUCCUUCAUGUCACUUCCAACUUGAGAAGAGCUUAACAAGAGUAGGCAGAGGCAGUUAACCUAUUACAUAAAACAAUUUUAUAAGACAGAAAUUGCCAAUUGAGUGUAAAUAUUUUCUUUUUGUUACACAAUCAACAAGAAAAAAGAAAAAGAAUCUUCAAAAUUAGAAAAUUCA